AUGGCCAACGCACCCACCACCAAAUCCCUCUACCGGCGUCUCCUGCGCGAACUCCCUCCUCUCCCGGUGCCGCGGCACAAAGCACCACGGACCUCGAUCCAUAGCUCGAUCCGCGCGCACUUCUACCAGCCUCCGGCCAGCAACAGCGAAGAAUACAUGGUCGCCCGGCGCCAAGAGCUGGAGCAGUUUGCGGCAUACCUGCGCGCCCAGCGCAUGUACAACACCCUGCUGCUGCGGUAUAAUCCUGGCAUGAGCAUUGUAGAUGAGGAGGAGCGGGUGCGGCUGACGGCGCGGAGGGUGGGGAUGGAGUUACCGGCCGAGUACGAGUGGGAGAAGAAACCAUGA